AUGUUAUGUUUAGAAGUCUUCAGCCGUACGCCUGCCCCCGGGUGCCGACCUGAGGGUGUUGAACCCUGCCUUGUUCUUCACGGCAAAAUAAGCAAUUGGCGAGCCGAAACCCUGUAUCGGCUUUUUGAGAAAGGCCACGCUGCUGUGGCGCCACUGCGCAAACCCAAGUUAAUUCUUCAUAGCAAUCUUCCUCAUCUUCUGGGGUCAGUGUAUUUCCUCGGUGCUGGAGUUGAACAAUUGAAGGAACUCUAUGAGUAUGAGAUACAGACACUUGUUCCAAUCGAUGAGACCCUUGUCAGGAUGCUGCUGGAAUCUCUUAUCAAUGGCUUUAUUGGUGGAUUUGGUCAUCCUUUCAUCCACCUCCCCUAUACCUGGAAAUUGCAGUCGCCGGCGGUGGCCACGGAAGCCCUGUCGUUAGGAUGUACCGAGUACACUGAGCUGCAUGGACUCCUAGACCAAUACCCCCCUGGUAGCUCGACAUAUAAAUCUACCAGCUUGGUAGAUAUAAUCAAGCGUGUGCACGACGAUAAUCGCUUCGACGACCUAUUCACAAACCCCGGCAUCGCCAACAUGGGACCCCUGCUGCAAAACCGCUUCGAAGCUCUUCUGGAGCACUGGAACGCAUGGCAAACGACAGAUCCUCUUCAACAGUUGGAGCAAUGUUGCGACGUAUUCGUUUUGCUGGGUAUUGGGAUCGGCGACCGAGAGCGCAAGUUCGAUUUCUUCUUGAUACACACGAUGACGCUGCAACGGGCGUGUAUUUUGAGACAGUACGCGCUGUUUGUUAUCAUAGUGUACAUUUGUCAGCUUAGGCUGGUAUUCGACGUUGACAUUAUCGAUUCGAUCCCGGUCGAGCUGAGUGAUGAUUGUGAUUGGAAAGCAAUGGUAGAUCAGGCCCUAAAACACAAACGGCUCAGGGACUCGAAUUUCUUCGAGGUUUUUCGUGCGCCAAGGGAAUUUGAGGAGACUUAUGGAAAAAGAGAUGACCUCUACCUUAAGGCUGCAGUCAAGUUUCCCACUGAGUUCGAGUUGGGGGAGAUUUGGACUCGGUAUCGAGGGCUUUUUACCGAUUCGCGAUGGGUAUAG